AUGGAGGUUCUGCAUAAUCGUCUCAACUCCUUCAAUAAGCAGAAACGCGGCAAAGCAUUGACAUGGAACCACCCGAAACACUGGCACGCGAACCCCAACACCCUCGCCGAAGCCGGAUUCUACUUCGAUCCCAGCCCUGAAGAUACCGACAAUGCUACCUGCUUUAUGUGCGAUAAACAAGUGACGGACUGGACGGAAGAAGACGAUCCAUUUGAGAUCCACUACAAGAAAUGCUCGAAAACGUGUUCGUGGGCAAUGGUGCGGUGCGGGCUGAGACACGACAUGGACUCUGACGGCAAUUACAACUUCACGGAUAAAGCACGCAUCCCGACAUCCAAGGCUAUGGAAAAAGCACGGCUGCUGACGUUCACCAGCAUCGGUUGGAAGCAUGACAAGAACAAGCAGCAUUCAGCGUCGUCGAAGAAGAUGGCUCAUGCUGGUUUCGUGUUCACGCCAGUUGCUUCCGGUGACGACACAGCAACUUGUCUCUAUUGCAAAAUUGCACUUUCUAAUUGGGAUCAGGAUGACGACCCUAUGGAGCAUCAUCGGGAGCGCAGCAGCAAACUGGACGAGGGCUCUUGUCCGUUCGUCUCACUCGUCCCUGAUGCGGCUACCGGCAAGUCUACCACGAAACAACCAAAAACCAACAGAACUACUACAAAAGAAGCCCCUCAGACUGAUAUCGUACAGCCCACGAAGACAUACGAUGGUUCGGAUGACGAAGCUCCUGCUGCCCCUCCUGCGAAAUCAUCUCGUAAAACCACGACGACAACCAAGACGCCGAAGAAGACGACUCGCUCUGGAUCCCGAGCAAAUUCGAAAGCGCGCGAGUUGAUCUCGGAGGUCGAGGAGGAAGACACUGCUCCGCCACCUAAGAGGCAGGGGAGGAGCAAAUCUGUUUCACGUAUGAAGGAAAGAGAAGAGGAAAUUUCUCCUCCAAGCGCUGCUGCAACCUCUCGGUCUGUUUCUCGUGUCAAAGCCGACGACCCUGCUCGGCUUUUUGACGACGAGGAAGAAGAACCACUCAAGUCGAGUGGGGCACCAUCCAGACCUACCCGAUCUAGGGGCAAGGCUGCUGCCGAGUCUGUCGUUGCGACAGUCGUUGAAACAGAGAAAGAAUUGCCUCCCCGUCCGCCUAAAUCUAAAGCCAGAUCGAAGGCACCAGAACCCGUAGUGUCCAAGAGAGUCUCGUCUCGCUCUCAAGCUAAAGUGCCGUCUCAAGAGGAAAACAACUCUGGAGAUGAGGACGAUGAGGAUGGAGAAUGGUUCUCUGCGCCCUUGCCGCCAGCACCAGAUCCAGGCCGGGCGGAAUCCAAGGCAGCGAAGGCAAAAGCGCAGCAGAGCCUAGGUGUUAAGAACGACUCUGGCAGCCGUCGUCCCCCAUCGAGAUCGCAGAACCGCGGCCCCGCUGCGGAAUCUAGCUCGAUUCGCACAUCUCGUUCGCGUUCGAAAACAAUCGCGGCACCGUCAGAGGAGCAGACGGAUGACAUCCUGCAAUAUGUUCCUCCGGAGCCUGUUCCUGAACCUCCCAAGCCUCGCUCGAAGCCCGCGUCGGAGACGACCCGGAAGCCAUCUUCACGCUCCGCAUCAAAGAGCAAAGCACCUGCGACUGACACGGAGGCGGCUCCACGUGCCAGCAGACCAGCGGUCUCGCGACCUGUUUCCCGCGCCGCGCUGCCUACUAAACAACUGGUCGCUGUUGACGGAAGUGAUAUCGAUCCUCAAGUGGUUGAUAUUUCUACCGACGAGGACGAGCCUGCAGCAACAUCUCCCCCAGCGAGACAUGUACCGACAAAACCGCCAUCCAAGGCUAAGGCGAAAGCGUCACCGCCCUCCCCAGAACCCACAGUUGUCACCCCAGCUGAAGAUGUUUUCGAGGAGCAGGUGAACGAGCCUGUUGGAGAUGAAGUUGCCGUGGAUGAGGAUAUCGAGAUGGCGCCUAACGUUCCCGUUGACGACAACUCGGGGCCCCAUGAAUCUCAGCUAACGACCCCUCCUCGACCGCAAGCCGUUCAGGCAUUCCCAGCUCCGAAGACGCCGAUGUCGGUAUAUCCUGCUCACACACCCGCCAGUCCGGAGGGCUUCAGUUUCAUUCCCCCGCUGUCGAGCGAUCCCUUCCUCCCCACGCAGUCUUUGACGGAGGAGGAAGAGGAGAUGACAGUCGAAGACUGGAUCCGUCACCAUAUGAAGAUGGAGUACGACCGGUUCAAGGCUGAUGGCGAGAGACAGCUUCGUUUAUUUGACAUCCGUGCUGAAGAAGUGCGCCAAGCUAUUGAGACGCUUUGA